ACACCUGAAGAAUUAGAAAGACUGACGGUCGAUGAAGGACUUAAUGAUAUUGACAGGGCCGUUUAUUUGCUCAGUUCUGGCCAAGAAGUUCAAGGAACCAGUGUAGUGGCCAAUAUUCCGGUGCUGAUUCACCAGAGUCCUUCAGAAACACUUCGGAGGGUGGUGCCAAUUGUAAAAGAGAUUCUCCAUGUUUCAGGAAUAGAAAUGCAGCUUACAGCGGCUUAUUCGUUUCUUACUACUAUACAAGAGGACUCUGCAUCAAUUCUUUCACACAGUCAUAACUUCUUGCAAAUCAUUUCACAGCAUUUGGAACACAGGGAUGCAGGAGUUAGCAGUGCAUGGCUGGAUACUCUUCUUGUGGCUAUAGAUGCUUUUCCAAAGGAAGCCAUCAGACAUGAGAUUUUAAGUCCACUCGUAUCAAAAGCACAGCUUUCCCAGACUGUGCAGUCCCGUCUUGCUAGUUGUAAAAUCUUAGGAAAACUAGCUAACAAGUUUGAUACCCACACAAUUAAGAGAGACAUACUUCCAUUAGUAAAAUCUCUCUCUCAGGAUAUUGAGUAUGAAGUGCGAUCGUGCAUGUGCCGGCAGCUUGAAUUUGUAGCACAAGGCAUAGGGACAGAACUAACAAAAACAUCAGUUCUACCUGAGCUAGUGGAAUUAGCUCAAGAUGAAAGCAGCAGCGUUCGUCUGGCUGCCUUUGAAACAUUGGUGAAUUUACUUGUGAUGUUUGAUCACGAUGAUAGAAGUCAGAUUGUUCUUCCUUUAGUGAAGUCAUUUUGUGAAAAGUCGUUUAAAACAGAUGACUCUGCCCUUGCUUCUCUGUCUUUGCAAUUAGGAAAACUCUGCCAUGGCUUACAAGGGAUUUUUACUCAGGAGCAACACAUAUGGUACCUCGAGUUUUACAAGAAGCUAUGCAGGUUUGGAUUGCAUCAGGAGAACGGACAUAAUGAUAACCAGAUUCAGAACCUGGAAAUAGAAAAAAAGUCGUUGGCAGUCAGGAAGAACUGCGCUUAUAAUUUCCCAGCAAUGGUACUAUUUGUAGGUUCCAAAAAUUUUCACGUAGAGCUGUAUGCCACUUAUUUUUGUCUUUGCCAUGAUCCUGAUGUACCGGUGAGAGUAACUGUGGCACUUGGCUUCUAUGAAGUUUGUAAGCUACUAGGCUCCAACGUGUACUUGAUACAUAAAGAAUUGGUAUCGCUUUUACAAGACGAAUCUUUAGAGGUUAUCGAUGGUUUACUCGACCACUUACCAGAAACUUUGGAAAUUAUGACAAGUGGAGACAGCUCAGGUUUAGACAACAAGCUCAUGAUUGUUCCUGACCUAAUUCCAGCCCUUUCAUCCGCAGAACAAAGAGCGGCCAAAUCAUUAAAAUGGAGAAGUCAUGAGAAAUUACUUCAUAAAUACUCCUGCCUCUCACAUAUCUUAUCCAGUGAUCAGAUAUAUUACAGAUUUCUACACAGAAUGUUUACCAUCAUUUUAACUAGUACUGCCCUACCUGUCCAAAAAGCUGCUUCUCGAACCCUGUGCAUGUUCCUUCGUUAUAAUCGUAAACAAGAACAGAGGAAUGAGAUCAUCCAGAAACUUAUUGAACAACUUUGUCAAGGGAAAAGCUACUGGAACAGGCUGCGUUUUUUAGACACAUGUGAAUAUAUUAUGGAACUGUUUUCCAAAUCCUUCUUCUGUAAAUAUUUUUUUCUGCCAGUGCUGGAACUUACAAGUGACCCAGUUGUCAACGUCAGACUUAAAAUUUGCAGCAUGUUGCCAAAACUGAAAGCUAUGCUGAAACUCCCGGCAGAUAACAAUUUGCUGCAAGAGUUAGAGUUGUGUAUAAGAAGAUUACUAUGUCAGGAGCCAGAUGAAGAGGUUAUUGCUGUUGUUAAAAGAUCUGUGGUAGAAUUAGACAGAAUGGAUAUAGCAAUGGAUGCAUUCCAGAAACGCUAUUAUGAAAAGGAUUUGUUAGAUGAAGAAAAGGAAAGAGAGGAACAUCUUAUGCUUGAAAUGGAACAAAUAGAAAAGGAAAAGCAACAAAGUGAAGCACGAACAAAUGAAAAAGCUUUUGAGAAGAAGCGGAGAGACAGUAAAACAGGAGCAACUUUAACAAAAAAUCUUCCUACUGUCAUUUCCGGAAGUUCUUCAAGUGGACAAACAUCUAUGAACAGAGAUGUCAAGAAGAGCAAGCUGAUUCGCAGUCAGUCGUUUAGUAGCCAAGCGAUCCAUACAAAACAGAGCACCAUCGAGAAAUGUGCAAACAAAGGUUCAGGAUGUAAUUCUGUAUUAGGUGUCGGAAAAAAUGUGUUGUUACCGUUUGUUGAGGAUUCCCUGAAGACUCGAACCAGCAGUGCAAGUGGAGUAUUGAGCUAUUCAAGUUCAUUGAAAUCUACAUCAAGGAGCUCGGGAAAUAUAAAUGACCCAAAAACGAAUGGAAACAAAGACACACAGGCCCGAAAGCUUAGCUUAAAAAACAGGAAACCUAAAAGUUAGAUCAUCAGACGGGACGCAAAGCAAACCAAAGAAACGCCAUGCUUACAGACGCUGGGAAAAUAGCCGGUGCUAGCACGGAUUUGACAGAUGAGCUUGUAAUUCUUGCAGAACAUAACCUGUAACCAAACUGAUCUCCAUGAGUAUUGAUAACUUGCUUAAGAAUAUUAUAUCGCUUGUGAGACGACUAUAUUAACGGAUAAUAGCCAUUCCAAAAAAUGCAGCAAUGUGGGACUAUUGUUUAGAACUGUACAUGUCUGCAUUCUGUAUCACUCAACUAUUACAUAUGCUUAUAAAUUCAUUAUUUCGGCACAGAGAUUACUGACGUACUAGUGGUACGCAGCGACAUUUCUUAAGACCAGGUUAAUCUUCUGCAGUGAUCAGAACCGUCUAUUAAUCUGCUGCAAUCAUACGUUGUAAACAUGCUGAAUAUAAUAUUCAAAGGAGCACAAACUCAAUAUUUCAUGUCUGCUGAGACUUAAUUGCAAAUACUUUUUCUAAGAAUAUUUCAAUAUGUUUCACCAAACAAUAUGUAAAUACUUUAUUUAAUUUUCGGAGUAUUUUAAAUAGUAUUUUCUCUUUCCAAGUGGUUUUAUUCGUUAAAAAGUUAGCUUUUGCUAUACCAGCUAAAUAUGCUUGUAUUCUUACUACAAUUCCCUAUUAAAAUAUCAAUAUUACUUGACAAUGCCAUAUUUACAAUA